UGAAGUAAAAGGUGCUGUAAAUAAUCUAAGGAUUAGUACAAGUGUAUGCAGUGCCCUACCCAUAGGGCUGCAUUUCAGAGCACUUGAAUAUACUGUGUGCAUAAGGUGUUUGAGACACCUUCCCAGCUGUGGAAGUUGCAUGAUUGAGGAAAUACUUUGAUAUCCAAUUUGGGGGAUCUAUGCACUGCGACUGAAUGAGGCUUGCUUAUUCACCUGACAUUUUUGCUCAGAGAAACCAAACCACUUGUCCAAACCCCGAGCUCCGGCUCUGAGCUCGCAACAGGUCGUGUUGAGGUGAUAAAACAGAAGGUGAUACAACAGAGUGUCAGCUCUCUUAAAGAAGCUCUUCUGUGGCACUGCUUUGUGUGAGCUGCUGUCUGAGGAGAUGUUACCUUAGAGCAAGCAUUCACCUGGAGCAAUGUGAGGUUACAACUCGUCUCUUAAACGGUGGAUUCAGCUGAGAAAGUCCUAUGUCUGAACUCCUCAGUCACCAACAGCAAAACUACAAGUACGUAAUAAAUCAUCUUUGAAGAGUUGAAGUGAAAGGGAAAGAUGAGAAUUCUGACACCAAAGAUGUCCCUGACGUCAGUGACAAAUAAGAAGAAGAUAUUUUUUGCCGUUGCUUUCAUUACAAUGUUGGUCAUCACUUUCUUUCCAAAGUUGAAAGACACCAACUGGCAUACAGAAGAAAUGAAGGUAUGCCACAAAGUAGAUUGGGGCAAAAGCAUCAGCUUGGAGUUUACAAAUUCCUCAAGAAAUUCUGAGUUAUUCCUGAAGUCAGGGAAUACCCAUCUCAAGAAGCAAAACCUUUCAAUCCUUCAACUGCCGUAUGGCAUUAAAGGGAAUGAGGUGUUAAUCAACAAGAUAUUGGACCUAAUCCCUGCCGACAUGCCGAAGAGCAUCCACAGGCUGCCGUGUAAGACGUGUGUUGUCAUUGGCAAUGGGUACAUUCUGAAAAACAGCUCCCUCGGAGCGAAGAUCAACACAUAUGAUGUUGUCAUCCGAAUAAAUAACGGGCCAAUUAGAGGCUUUGAAAAGGACGUCGGCAACAAAACCACUUUGCGUUUGUUUUACCCCGAGUCAGCGAUUGCCAACCCCAGCCGUGAGGACAACCUCGACACCCUGCACGUCUUCGUGCCCUUUAAGGUGGGGGACAUUCAGUGGCUGAAGACAAUUCUGUAUCAUGAACCAGCGUUUCUGCAGGGAUUCUGGAAGCUUCCGCCCUCAGCCUUCAGGACAAAUUCCUCCAAUUUUCGCUUACUGAACCCCUACUACAUGCACCAAGCCGCAAAAGAUUUUCUGAAGCUCAGCCCUUUGCAGAGAGGACAUCAGCCGACCACUGGGUUCCUGGCUAUCAUCAUGGCCCUGAAUUACUGUGAUCAGGUGCACAUCGCUGGCUUUGGCUACCCAUUCAAUGACCUCAAUGGCCUGAUUCACUACUAUGAUCAGAGGAAUAUGAAAACAAUGUCUGGCCCGGAGCACAAUGUUGGACACGAGGAUGUGUGCCUGAGGAGGCUGGCACACCUUGGAGCCAUCAAAUACCUGACAGAUUUAUGACAAUUCUCUGAUUUUUCACGUCAGUUUUUUUUAUAACAAUAUUGGAGUCAAAUUUUGUAGCAUUUCUC